AAAAAUAUUUAAUAGGAGUCUCUAAUCAAUAAUUUUUCAAAAAUCAUACUGAUUAUUUAUUUUUUAUUUAAAUCCCAAAAUAUUAAGAGCCAAAGCAAACCAAUCUAAAAAGACACGUAAAGUUGUCAAUUACCAUACAAAAAUACAAAAGCGAACAAAAGAGAAAUUCACCAAGCAAUAAACUUACGUCGACGUGUAACCCAUACUCCCACCCGAUUGUUUCUUUCUUUACACAACCCUACAUAAUAUACAUAUUAUCAACACCGAAUCUCAAACACAAACACACACAUCUUUCUUCAAAAAAAAACUUUUGCUUCUCCCAAGAAUCUGAAUCUGCUUCACUUUUGUUCAACCAUGAUGAACAUAGACGAUACGACAUCUCCAAUGGCCCACCCGAUCGUUCCAUCUCAACCUCCUUCCGACCAAACCCAACAAGAUCCAAGUUCGCCCAAUGAAGCUUCUUCUGUUACCGACAAGAAAGAUGAUCAAGCUUUUCCCGAAGAGAAACCGAAGCAGAAUCAAGAAGAAGAGAGAGUGGACACAGGGAGAGAGAAGCUAAAGAAGCACCGGAGAGACGUCGCCGGAAGAGUUUGGAUACCUGACAUAUGGGGACAAGAAGAGCUUCUUAAGGACUGGAUCGACUGUUCAACGUUUGAUACGUGUCUAGUCCCUGCCGGAAUCUCGUCGGCACGUGCAGCUCUCGUAGACGAAGCUAGGCGAGCUGCUUCGGCUUCUGGUGGGUUACAUAGUCGUUGCUUGAUCUCACGCUGAAUUUUUAUAUAAUAUCAUAUAUAAAUGUGGUUCUUGUUCCUCAAUAAUAUAUGUAAGACAUUAUUGAUAUAUUGUUGAUAUAGAGUCUUUUUCAUUUUACCAAUAAUUAUAUAGAACAUAGCCAAUAUUGCUUUUAGUGUGUUUGUUUGCUUAUAUGUAGAGGUGGUAAAGAACAUAUUUUAUAUGGUUUUUAUGAUAGUUGUGAUACAUUCCGUUA